UAACUCUUGACAUAGAUUCGCAUGCGCAAAUGUUAUGUCCCAUUUCUUACUGACGCCUGUGGUAGAAGUAGAACCAACUACCUCGACAAACUUCAACGUACGUCGUACUUUCUCAACUUUGACCCAGAAUCAAUGCCUCCUUACCGUUAAGUGGUUGUCGUGUCGUGUCUGCUGCUUCAAUCCAUGGAUCAUGAACCACGUGCCUUGCGGUUUUCUACUGACCAAAAUACCCUUUGGUCCCUCCCUUCUUCUCUCUUGAUUGCUUCCAAAACUUGAAGUGAAAGUGUCACAUACUCCAGCUCAGAAGCAACUCAGCCUCCUCUUUCUUUAACGCAAAUGAAUGAUGAAUGAAUGAGAGUCCUUUAACCCCUGAAACUCUGAUAUUUCUUAACUGCUUCUUCUUCUUCUUGGGUGGCUUAUAUAAAGAGUAGUAGAAAUGGGCAUGGGAACAAGCACCUUUGUUAUCAGAUGGAUCAACUUUCUCACCAUGCUUUUAGCAAUUGCUGUGGUAGUCUUCGGAGUAUGGAUGAGCACUCAUCAUGAUGGCUGUCGGAAAUCCCUCACCCUCCCUGUUUUAGCCAUUGGUGCUGUCAUUUUCUUAGUAUCUAUAAUUGGGUUCUUGGGCGCGCUGAAAAGAAGUUCCAUACUGUUAUGGAUUUAUUUGAUUCUCCUGUGCUUCAUAUUGGUGGGAAUCCUGGUGUUCACAGUAUUAGCGUUCAUCGUGACAAAUAAUGGUUCCGGUCAUAGCGUCGCUGACCUGAGGUUCAAGGAGUAUCAACUUCAGGAUUACAGUUCAUGGUUUCUAAAACAAUUGAACAAUACCCAUAACUGGAAGCACUUAAAGGGUUGUCUUGUGAACUCAGAUGAUUGCAAUAACCUAUCAAAGAAGUAUAAGACUCUCAAGAAAUUCAAAUUGGCAAAGCUGACCCCUAUUGAAGCUGGUUGCUGUCGGCCACCGUCUGAAUGCGGUUAUCCUGCUGUUAAUGCCUCAUACUAUGACUUGAGCUUUCAUCCAGUUAGUUCAAACAAGGACUGCAAACUUUACAGAAAUGCUCGGGACACCAAGUGCUAUAAUUGUGAUUCCUGCAAGGCUGGAGUUGCACAAUACAUGAAAACUGAGUGGAGAGUGGUUGCAAUUUUCAAUGUUGCUCUAUUUGUUGUUUUGUCUCUGAUAUACUUUGUGGGCUGUUGUGCGAGACGAAAUGCUGCAAGAGACCGUUCUAAAACUUAAAAAGAGGAGAGCUACUUUCAGAAGCCCUCCUACUCUCCUAGGGAAGAAAUAGUAUCCCAGAAGUCUGAAGAUCCAUUGGUGCAAGCUGUCAGUGAAUUUUUCCUUUUUCCCUUUUCAUUUAACGAUGAAAUGUAAUGCAAUGGGUCAGACUUUCUGGCUAGAGGUUCUCUAUGCCGAAAGUUCUUGUAAAAAUGUUCUAUAAUUUUAUUGUAACGAAUUAUAAAAUUUCUUCAUUUUUUUAGCUUUCAGGAUCAAA